CUGCAGUCGUUGACGUCGACGUCCAUAGUAGACGUCCGCCUAAUUUUCGCGGGCAUUUUCGAGUGACUGCGAAUUCUCCUUUGCUGAGACAUGUACUUCAGAUAAGUCUGUGUACCGAACUUUUGGAAAUGGACGAAUUAAUUUCGACUAUAACAUGUCUCACUGAAAAUUUACUGCAAGAAAAUCUGACAGAUUAUGAGGGGGUCAUAGACAAGCUUUUCUCUGAAGUCUCGGCCUUAGAUUCCUUCCUCAAAAUACCAGAUCCUCAGUUUGAGCAGUGUGCCAUCCAGCUGUGGAAUUGGGCUGUUACCAAGAAUGUGGGAAAUGCCAUAACUGAAAUUCAAAAAGCUAAAGUUCGCCAUGUUGCAUGCAACCUGCUGUAUUGCUAUGAGUCUGACAGUCCAACAGAGGGCGCCAUUCAAAAACAAAUCUUGAUGGCCAAGAAAGCAGGGAGAACCUGGCUGAACUGCAAAAAUUUUCAGAUGGCAGAUCACUUUCUGAGGCUUGCUGUCAAGAGCUUGGAAACCCUUUAUGCCCAUCUAAUGUCUAGAGCCAAUGAAGCACCUGGCGUCUCUUCAUCCAAGGCAGAUGUGGAGAAAGACCUUCUUCAAAUCCUGUCGUGCCAGGCUGAGUCGGCGAUGGCUCAGGGAAACAACCAAGAAGCCAUAGUGUUCAUAAAGCGAUGCAAAGACAUACUGCUGCGGCUGCCAAAUGAAACGGCGUACCUCUCCCUCAUGUGUUACAACAUUGGACUCGAGGCAUACAGUUUGACAAAGUUUGAAGAUGGUGUAUUCUGGCUGAGGGAAAGCUAUGACAUUGGAAAGCCAAAAUUUUGCGGCUGCUCGCCACAUGCUACUUUGAGUGGGACUGUGAGAAAUUUCAGGAGAAGGCUCUAAAUGCUGUCAGUUUAGCAAACAAGGAAUAUGUGACCCCACUUGGACUUUUCCUGAAGAUCAGAAUUCUCCUCAGAUGCAGAGCCCCAGACAGCUCUGUUAGAGCAGGUCUUAAUGAGAUCCUGGAAUUGAAAGUUUCUCUUGAUGUGUGUUUGGAAACAGUGAGACUGCUCAUGUCUAAAGACAGAGAAGUGCUGGCAUUUGAGUAUUUGGAAACUGUGUGUCAGCACUUCGAGUCCUCUCCUAACCUGGGAACUGCUCUUGUCUUGCACAUUGAGCUGCUGCUGCAAAGAGGCAUGGUGCAGCAGGGCAGACAGAAGAUAAAAGAUGUCAUUACAGGACACUAUGCUGGUAAACAGCUGGCACCAGAGGCCCUCAAAAGUUUGCAUGUCAUGCUGUGGGAUCAGGCAUCCAAACACGUUGAGGUUAAAAAUUAUUCUGAGGCUCUCCAGUGGCUUGACUACUCUCUCAGCUUCUUUAAGGCAGGUCAGAUAGACUCAAACUUAUCCAAACUGCAGAGGAACAGAGCAACUUGCUUUCUAAAAUUAAAGCAGUUGGAAAAGGCUAAAGAAGCAGCUAAAGAGGCAGAAAGAUGUGACCCUCACAGCAUCUUCACUCAGUUCAUUGUUUACAAGAUUUAUGUGCAAGAGAGCGAUGCAGAGAAAGCUGCUGAAGCCUUGAGUGUGAUGUCAUUGCUGUCCAAGAAAGCAGUAUUCAGCAAGGACAGACUGCUGGCAACCGAGACUGCAGCUUCUUACCUCUUCAGUCUGGCUGCUCAGAAUGCUCUGGAGAAUGGACAGCAGGAAACUGCCAUCAAAGCGCUGGAGGUUUUGUGUGAAAACACCAAAGAGGAAGCUCUGAUUCUGACUGCUCUGAGGUGUUUGGUUCGACUUGUGCUCUCUACAAACAAAACAACAAAGGACUUGAGUCAUCUGGAUGUGCUGCUGUCAUAUUUAAAAAUGGCUCUGCAGGCAGCUUCAUGCCAGUCCUUGACUGUGGAGCAGCGCACAGAUCAAGCUAACUGGUUUCAUAAGACAGCUUGGAACUUGGCCUUGCAAUGUGAGAGCAAACCAGACAGAAUGAGAGACUUCUAUGUUCUCUCCUACCAGCUCUCCCAGCUGUGCCCCCCUGACCGCACCUUGCUCAUGGGCCAGAGGACUUGCCUGCUAAUGGCUGUGGACAUCUCUUUGUCGCUCUUCGGGAAGUCUCCCCACUCUGCACAGACAGAGGAGCUCACCCAGGCUUUGGAGUACAUUCAGACCUGCUGGGAGGUUUGGAAAACCCUGAAAGCAUCAGGAAGCUUUCCAAACGACCCAACCGAGUCUCUACUGCUACUGUAUGAGUUUGAAACUCGGGCUAAGCUGAACGACCCAAAGGUGGAGACCAUACUGGAGUCUGUCCUGGAGCUUGAAACUGUUGAAACCAAAGUUUUGGAGUCCAUGGCAGCACUGGCGAUGGAGCCCCCAGCCCACUUCCCUGUGCUGUGUAAGAAGGCCCUGAGGGUCUCACUGUCGCUGCAUAAGAAGCAACCACAGAUGGACCUGGAUCACUGCAGCAAGAUUGUCCACACUCUGAUCAAGCUGUCCCUCCCAAGUGGCGUGUCAGAGGUGGGACCCCAAGACCUGGAGGAGGUGUGGGACUACUUCCAGGAGGACCUGUCCAUCAUCACAGCCGCACCGGAUGACUUUGCAGAGAUGGAGACUGUAUGGCUGCUGACUCAUGCCUGGAACACAGGACUACUGCUGUAUAAUCUGACUCAAUACACCGAAGCUGAAAAGUGGUUUGGCCUUGCAAUGAGAUUCGUCCGCUAUCUGCGAUCCCAGCGAGAGAGCUACGAGAAAAUGAUAUCUAGUCGCUACAGUGAAAUCCUGGAGAGACUGGACGCAGCAAAGAGAAACCGUCAUUGAAGCACAGACAAGCAGGUCAUCUCUUUCCAUCUUCUAUUUUCUGUUUGCUGCAGUUAGACUGUUGGAGUGAUUUGAUCACAUGUUCUAGUAAUUUAUGGUUCGAUUGUUGUGAUUUGAUCACGUUUUAGUCAUUUGUAGUUCGGCUGUUGUGGUGAUUUGAUCACAUGUUUUAGUCAUUUGUAGUUCUGCUGUUGUAGUGAUUUGAUCACAUGUUUUAGUCAUUUGUAGUUCGGCUGUUGUGGUGAUUUGAUCACAUGUUUUAGCAGUCUGUAGUUCAACUGUUAUCCAUUUGUUUGCACUCUUGUGAAUUGAAGAUAAAAUGUAAACAAAUCCCUUUAGAAAGUCACUUCUCUUCAAAUCCAAAGGCCUUCAGAGAAGAAAAAUAAAACACAUCAGAAUGAUAA